GGCAAAGGAUAUUACUGUCUCUCAGCAAGUCAAGGUUGAACAUAAGGAACGCCACUUGAAUGUUGUGUUCAUUGGUCAUGUUGGGACAAUUGUUGAUCAAAGUGAGGAAUGUUGGCUCUUUUUAAUCACAAAUGUCGAUGGUCCUAUCUCCCUAGACUUUUCAUCCAAAUGGUUGAUGACCGUACGAUCAAAAAAUAUGAGAAAGAAGCAAAAGAAAAAAGUAGAGAAAGCUGGUAUAUGGCAUAUAUUAUGGACACUAAUGAAGAGGAGAGAAUUAAGGGUAUUACUGUGGAAGUUGGAAGAGCAUGGUUUGGGACUGAAAGUACUAGGUUUACCGUUUUGUAUGCACCGGGUCACGAGAGUUAUGUCCCAACUAUGAUCAGUGGAGCUGCUCAAGCAGAUAUUGGGGUUCUGGUUAUUUUUGCCCGUAAAGGGGAAUUCGAGACUGGAUAUGAGAGGGGUGGGCAAACCCGUGAACAUGUUCAGCUGGCAAAAACUUUGGGUGUAUCUAAGCUGUUGGUGGUUGUGAACAAAAUGGACGAUCCCACUGUUAACUGGUCAAAGGAAAGAUAUGAUGAAAUUGAAUCUAAGAUGGUACCAUUUCUGAGGUCUUCUGGCUACAAUGUGAAAAAACAUGUUCAGUUUCUACCAGUAUCUGGUCUUCUUGGUUCCAACAUGAAAACAAGACUGGACAAGAGCAUAUGCCCCUGGUGGAAUGGCCCCUGCCUCUUUGAAGUUCUUGAUGCAGUUGAAAUUCCUCCUAGAGAUCCAAAAGGAUGCCUAUAAUUGACAAAUUUAAAGACAUGGGAACUGUCGUAAUGGGAAAGGUUGAAUCUGCUACCAUGCGUGAGGGUGAUUCCUUAUUGGUCAUGCUAAACAAGGCUCAAGUGAAAGUUCUUGCCAUUUACUGUGAUGAAGAUAAGGCUACACGUGCUGGACCUGGUGAAAAUGUGCGGGUUAAGUUAUCUGGAAUUGAAGAAGGGGACAUAUUAUCUGGUUUUGUCUUGUGUAGUGUUGGUAACUGCUUUAAAGAUUGUAAAAACUGAAGGCUCUCGUGUUUGAUCCACUAAAGAGGAAAUUAGAUUAUAGAAAGUGGAGUUAAAAAGUAAAUGGUAUGAUAAUUU